AUGGAUGCAGGCAAGGGCAGCAAGGUCUUGAAGAAGCCGGAGUACAUGCCAUGGCACCAGAUCCCCGACAACAACUGGAAGACGAAGGAUGGCUGCGAGGUUAUCAAGUGGGACCCCUACCUUGAGGGCUGCAAGGGCUCCUUGCAGUACAGGUACGGGAGGUACAAGCAGAGGAAGGAGCAUAUCAUCAACACUUUCGGUUCUCUGGAGAAAUUCUCUGAAGGUUUUCAUACGUAUGGCGUUCAUCGCAGCAAAGACCCGAACCGCCCAGGCAUCAUCGCUACUGAAUGGGCACCUGGCGCCAAGUACUUGGUGUGCCACAUGCAGUGCGAGUGA